GUAAAGUUGCCACUGCCAUUUCCCAAUCAAAACUGGUAAGCAAAAAGGAAGAGAGAGAGGGAGAGAGAGGCGGUGGAAACAAAUACAAAGAGAGGGACAGGAAGAGAGCGCCAAAAAGACGAUCUGAGAUAUCUAAACUUCUGCUCCCAAGAUCUUCAUAUUGGCUGUGGCUAAAAAUCUGGUCGCAGGAGGAGAAUUGUUAACGUCCUUUUGAUGGACUGAAAAACCGAUUACUAGUAAAUUGGGUCUGGUUUAAGAUAGAUGAUGGCUAUCGCAGAUGAUAAAACGUCGACCCAUGGGAAGGUCUGGAGUCUGUGUCGAAUGCCCUUUUGGCAAUCGGGGAAUGCUUCUUCUUCAUCUUCUUCUCAGAGUCUUCAGCCCCAGAAUCAUCACCACCAACACGUCGAUGGAUCCAAUCCCCAUUCAUUGAACACGGUUUCAUCCGUUGCAAGAUCCUUACUUCCAACCCGGCGUCGUCUCCGUCUCGAUCCGGCGAACAAGUUAUACUUUCCAUAUGAACCUGGUAAACAAGUCAGAAGCGCGGUUAGAAUUAAAAACACCAGCAAGUCUCGUGUAGCUUUCAAGUUUCAAACAACUGCACCAAAGAGCUGUUUCAUGCGUCCUCCAGGGGGUAUCCUUGCUCCUGGCGAAAGUAUUAUUGCAACUGUUUUCAAAUUUGUGGAACAUCCAGAAAACAAUGAGAAACAAUUAGAUCAGAAGUGCAAGGUGAAGUUUAAGAUUGUGAGCCUAAAAGUGAAGGGCGGAAUGGAUUAUGUACCUGAGCUGUUUGAUGAGCAAAAGGACCAAGUUGCAGUGGAGCAGAUAUUGCGGGUUGUCUUCUUAGAUGCGGAUCGUCCCAGCCCUGCAAUGGAAAAAUUGAAGCGACAGUUGGCUGAGGCCGAGGCUGCACUUGAGGCACGUAAGAAACCUCCAGAAGAUACGGGUCCACGAAUUGUUGGGGAAGGACUAGUCAUAGAUGAAUGGAAAGAGCGCAGAGAAAGAUAUCUGGCUCGUCAGCAGGUUGAAGGGGUUGAUUCAGUGUAAAGUGGGUAGUGCUUUUCUUUCCUGUUGUAAGGCUUCUUUACUAGGAAAGAUCUUUGAUUUUCUGCGAAUGAAGAAUGUAUCAUUACCUAGGGGGUUAAAGUGAAGGGAAGAUCUGUAUGAACGUUCGGCUCAGAAACAAUAAUAGAAUUUGACAUGGUAAAAUUUGAGAUGAACAUAGGUGGAAUUUAGUGUGCUUGAUUCUGGGCACAUGUCCUACUUGUAGAUAAAGAGAUUUUGCUUCUUAUGGAAAUAAAAUUGUUUUCUGUGGGAAGUAAUGCAUCCAGGAUAUCUGUAUUGUUUUCGGUUGAGUGUAGGGGUGAAGAGCCAUGGAGUGAUUUCAUGAUUAA